AUGGCGUCCCUCUUCUUCUCCACCCCGGUCGAUAUCGACAUUGUCCUUGAAGAUCUCGAUGAGCGCCAAUCCGUCGAUGUCAAGCUCGACAAGGACCGCCGCGAGCGCGUCCCGCUGUACAUGGACGGCGAGUCCGUUAAGGGCGUGGUGACCAUCAGACCGAAGGAUGGCAAGCGAUUGGAGCACACUGGCAUCAAGGUGCAGUUCAUCGGCACGAUCGAGAUGUUCUACGACCGCGGCAAUCACUACGAAUUCCUCUCGCUCGUCCAAGAGCUCGCAGCGCCCGGCGAACUCCUCCACCCGCAAAACUUCCCCUUCAACUUCAAGAAUGUCGAGAAGCAGUACGAGUCCUACAAUGGCAUCAAUGUCAAGCUGCGCUACUUCGUGCGGGUGACCGUGUCCCGACGAAUGCAGGACGUCAUCCGUGAGAAGGACCUGUGGGUGUAUUCGUAUCGCAUGCCGCCCGAGACCAACAGCCCCAUCAAGAUGGAUGUCGGCAUCGAAGAUUGUCUGCACAUUGAGUUUGAAUACUCCAAGUCCAAGUACCAUCUCAAGGACGUCAUCGUCGGCCGCAUCUAUUUCCUGCUCGUGCGCCUGAAGAUCAAGCAUAUGGAGCUGUCCAUUAUUCGACGCGAGACAACGGGGUCGCCGCCGAAUCAAUACAAUGAGAGUGAGACUCUGGUGCGCUUUGAGAUUAUGGACGGGUCGCCUUCACGAGGCGAAACGAUUCCUAUCCGCCUGUUCCUCGGCGGGUUCGACCUGACCCCGACAUUCCGCGAUGUGAACAAGAAGUACUCCACGAGAUACUACCUUAGCCUGGUGCUGAUCGACGAAGAUGCUCGCCGAUACUUUAAACAAUCCGAAAUCGCGCUCUACCGCCAAGCGCCCGAGAUUGCCGCCACACCCCAGAUCGCCCAGCAGCAACAGAUCCAACAACAAGUCCUGCUCGAGCAAGCGCAGCAGCAGCAGGCUCUGCCCCCGGGAUCUGCCACUGCAGGGCCGGGUAGAGAACCAUCAGUCCCAGUUGCUACGCCGCAGCCAAGUGCAAACCAGACUGUCUCCGCGCCGGCGGCAUAG